CCCACCCCCCUUCCUCAUCGUUUGUCUUUUGUAGCCCUAGCUUGUUCUAACUCCUGCAAACCAACAAAGGAAUCACCAUCUCACAUCCCCAGCCCAUAUAUUUACUGUCCUCCACUCCACACCCUCCGUAGUUUCAUUUCUCCUGGUAUCAGCGAGCAAGGCUGUAAAACCAUGAGCAUGGAGGUCACCAACGUGAUGGAGUAUGAAGCCAUUGCCAAGCAGAAGCUGCCCAAGAUGGUGUUUGAUUACUAUGCCUCGGGCGCAGAAGACCAAUGGACCCUGCAGGAGAACAGAGAAGCUUUCUGGAGGAUAUUAUUUCGCCCACGCAUUCUCAUCGACGUCUCAAAGAUCGAUAUGACCACCACUGUAUUAGGAUUUAAGCUAUCGAUGCCGAUUAUGAUUGCUCCCACUGCCUUUCAGAAGAUGGCCCAUCCUGAUGGAGAAUAUGCAACAGCAAGAGCAGCAUCAGCCGCAGGCACCAUAAUGACACUCUCAUCUUGGGCUACUUCCAGUGUGGAAGAGGUUGCCUCAACAGGGCCGGGAAUUCGAUUCUUUCAGCUCUAUGUCUACAAAGACAGAAAUGUAGUUGCACAACUCGUGAGAAGAGCAGAAAGAGCUGGGUUCAAGGCCAUAGCCCUCACUGUUGAUACUCCAAGACUUGGCCGGAGGGAAGCCGACAUCAAGAACAGAUUCGUCCUGCCACCAUUUUUGAGCUUAAAAAACUUUGAGGGUUUGGACCUUGGGAAGAUGGAUCAGGCUAAUGAAUCUGGGCUUGCCUCAUAUGUUGCUGGCCAAAUUGACAGAACACUGAGCUGGAAGGACGUGAAGUGGUUGCAGACAAUCACUACUAUGCCAAUCCUAGUGAAAGGGGUUCUCACUGCAGAGGACACGAGGCUGGCCAUUCAGUCUGGUGCAGCUGGUAUUAUUGUAUCCAACCAUGGAGCUCGCCAGCUCGACUACGUUCCAGCUACCAUCAGUGCUUUGGAAGAGGUUGUGAAAGCUGCACAGGGCCGCGUUCCAGUCUUUCUGGACGGCGGAGUGCGCCGGGGAACCGAUGUCUUCAAGGCUUUAGCUUUGGGGGCUUCUGGAAUAUUUAUUGGAAGGCCAGUGGUGUUUUCUUUGGCUGCUGAAGGCGAGGCUGGCGUGAGGAAGGUUCUGCAGAUGCUUCGCGAUGAAUUCGAGCUCACAAUGGCAUUGAGUGGCUGCACCUCGCUCAAGGAAAUCACACGCAACCACAUUGUGACUGAAGCAGACCGUGGCCGUCCCUUUCCGAGGCUAUGAAUGAUUCGGAAGACGGACUCGUCUCUCCAUAAAGCCAAGACUACAAAUGAACUUAGCUAGCACCUUUGAAAUGGUCUGAAGAACGAGUGUGAAGAAACUAUCUCUAUCCCCCACGCGGGAAAAGUUCUUCAUUAAGCUAUGUUUUAAGUUUUAACUCGACAGUGGAAUAUGUUCAGAUGGAAAUUAUAUAUUCGACAUGAUCUGCAGAAUAAUAUAUAUAUAUACAUA